CUCUCUAGGGUUCCAAUUCCAAAUUCCACUACAGUUAGUUGGGGUUUGUACCGCAAUUUCGAUUGUCUUCCUUCCGGCAGACAUGUUUAGAUCUGGGUUUUGUGGUUACAUGGUUGUGUAUGCUUCAUGUUUUGCAACGGGUUGACGAAGAAAAUGCUUCAGCUUGGAUGAGAAGUGUGAGAUGGCAUCCAUUUAAAUUUCGUAGCAAUUUUUUGAUUUUUUUUGUUUAUUACUCUUGUUUUGCUCAUGUAUAGAGGGAUAUUCGGCUUGAAUCAGUUCAGUCAAGAAAUUUACUGCGGUUCAGGGAUCAUAAGCCGUGAUACUGAGGGAAAUUUGAUUUCGAGGAUCAGCUUCUUUGUUAUUCCCCCCUCCGUGGCCAUAGGCAGUAUAAUAAUGCUGGAAAUUUGUGGGGUUAGCUCUGUUUUCUCCCCAUGGAGUUGUGCGCGUCAUUUGGUACCUCAGUUGAAACUGAAGAGAGUUAUGUUUAAGGUUAUGAAAUCACAGAAUAACGUUAUUCAAAAAAUAAAUAAAAAAUUGAAGCUGUAUCCACUUUUCAUAUGAGAUGUAAUUUCAGGAUUCUUAUUUGGGGCAUGCGUUUUCUAUUAUUUGUCAUGAUUGCUUGUGGCUGGCAUGAGCUCAAUUAUUAUGGGUCACAUCAUCAGAUUAUGCAAACAGCUUAUUUGCAAAGGAAGAGUAAGGCUGCAUAUGAUAUGACCUACUCCCCACCUUUGCAAAGCAAGGCCUCUCGUGCACUGGGGACGUCAUUGUUAGUUGAAUACAAAGUGCCGAAGCACAUGAUGGGUCGCAUCUUUGUAUUUAAGCUUGCUUCACUGGAGUUUAGCAUAGAUGGAUUUUGGAAUUGAUUUUUUCUUGGAGAUGCUGCUACUUGCAGCAUAUAUGAAUGUCUGAUUAUUUAUGUUGCAGGAACAUAUGAUUAUUGAUGCUCGCCUGACAUCAGAUUGUAUAUCAAAAUGAGUCGUCCACAGGAUCCACAUCGGCCUUUCUUCCCGUUUGGAAAUCCGUUCAAAAUGAUGCUACCUAAGGGUUCAUAUCUGUCUCCGAGGCUUAUUGCGCUAUUAAGCAAUUUUGAGGAAGCCUUAGCAGAGCGAUUUAAGAAGCUUAACCCAAAAGACGGGGAGGAUCUCCUUAGCUUAUCCUGGAUGAGAUCUGCUGUGGAGUUGCUAUGUCAAACCCACAUUGACAUAAAAACCAUUAUUACAGAGCUUGAACUUCCAGUGCAUAAAUGGGAUGACAAAUGGAUUGAUGUGUACUUGGACGACAGUGUUAAGCUACUUGAUAUUUGUAUUAUUUUCAGUUCUGAGCUCUCACGCCUCAAUCAGGGCCAUCUCUUUCUUCACUUGGCCCUACACUACUUGGAUGCUUCCUCCUCAAGCCAGUUUGUAAAGGCUUAUUCUUCACUUGAUGGCUGGAAGAAGCACAUUAGUUCCAAGAAUCCCAGGCUUGAGAAUUGUUUUACCAUCUUGCAGAGUCUUGCUGAGGCGCUUAACCUGCCCAAGGUCAAGAAAUCGGCCAAAGGGAAGGUUUUAGUGCAAGCCAUGUACGGUGUUAAAGUGCUGACUUUGUUUAUCUGUAGCAUUUUAGCUGCUGCAUUUUCAGGUUCUGCCAAUAAGCUAGUGGAUUUACAGGUCCAAGGAACAUGCCGGUGGGCAAAAGCGUAUGUGGAUGUGCAGGCUUAUGUAAAUGAGGAGAUGAGGAAUAUAUUAUCUAGUGGAAGAGUUACGCCAGUGAAAGAGAUUGAAGCAGCCGAAAUAAGUGUGAAGCAGCUGUGCCCCAUGGUGAAGGACGGGGUGGAUCCGACCCAAGCCGAAACCCUCCAAAAUUCUAUUUCCGAAAUAGGAAAGAGGGCAGAGAAACUUUCAGAAGGACUGGGUGAUCUUGCUAAUCAAGUGGAUAGCUUCUUUCAAAUUGUUCUGACUGGACGAGAUGCUUUGCUUUAUAUUCUUAGAGCAGGCAGUAGUUUCCCUGAUCCAAUGCAGAAGACCAACAAAGUAGAAGUGCCUGCAAUGCAGAAGGCCAACAAGGUAGAAGGGCCAGCAAUGCAGAAGACUAACAAGGUAGAAGGGCCAGCAAUGCAGAAGACUAACAAGGUAGAAGGGCAGGCGGCGAGGUAAACCCAUGGCUCUACUGUUAUUGUACUCUAUAUGUACAAGUGAUACAGAUCGUUGUGAGGUUUGGACCAAUGAUGUAGAUCUGUUUUAGCUUUCUAUGUACUGCCAAUCAUGUAUAUAUAUAUAUAGGUUUGUAUUUUGUGCAGAAUUUAAUUCUAAAUGCCGAAUUUGCACCCGAAUGUAUUCAUCAUUUCCCGUUCUUUUACUUCAUGUCAUUUGGGAGA